AUGACAACAAGAAAACAAACACCUAGUGAUUUUCUUAAACAAAUUAUAGGUCGACCAGUUGUUGUUAAACUUAAUAGUGGUAUUGAUUAUCGUGGUGUAUUAGCAUGUCUUGAUGGUUAUAUGAAUAUUGCAUUAGAACAAACAGAAGAAUAUAAUGGUGGACAACUUAAAAAUAAAUAUGGUGAUGCAUUUAUUCGAGGCAAUAAUGUUUUAUAUAUAUCGACUCAACGAAAGAAAUAA